AUGAAUAGUACAGUAUUAGCUCUUCAACUAAGUACACCUCCUAUUGUAAUUUCUGAACGUCAAUCACCACCAUUGGCUGUUCACCAGUCACUUCAAGGAAUGAAUGAGGCUAUAGAAAGUUCUUCUUCUCUUUCAGGUUCUGGAACUGUAUCUCCAGCCCUAUCUCCUAGAAUACAAACAACUAAAAAAGGUGCAGAGAGGAACGAACAACUAUAUCAAUUACAAUCAAUGCUAUUAACGCCUCCAUCAUUUUUACUUCAAGCUUAUAUAAAAGCAUUAUUAAAGAAAGAGAUUAAUGACUCUUCUCAUUUUGACAUGUUAUUUCAUUAUUUCAAAUGUAGAAAGCAAAUACCAAGAUUACUUCAUCAAAUGGCAGAACUUGAAAUUGAAUGGACCAAGAAGUGUAAUCCAUUAUUCAGAGGGAAUACAGCUUUCACAAAGGCAUAUUCAUUGUAUUUAAAAGAAAGUUGUGGGAUAGUUAUUGAAAGUAUUACUAAUAAAUUUAAUAAAGUAAUUCAAAGAGUUCAAACUGACCAAAGUUUAUUAAAUGAGGUUGAACAAGAAUCUGCUGUUUCAACGUAUUGUAGACUAUUAAAAGAAGCACUUAGUAAUAUUCCUAAAGACUUAUUUUAUAUAUUAAAUGGUAUUUAUGAAUUAACUAAAUUAAAGAGAAAUGAAGAAGAAGCAAGAAAAGCAAUUAACACCCUUCUUUUUAUGAGGUUCCUUUACACACCACUUAUUCAAUCACCAUCUUUAUUUAAAAAAAUACAGACUAUCAUCUCCUCUAUUGUAUUAAACAAAGAGGUUAAAAUAACAGAUAAAAAUAUAGAAGGGAUUGAUGAAAUAAUUAAAUCAAUCAUCAAAGGGUAUUAUGUCCCUUCUACAUCACUUAUAUCAAGUUCUGAAGAAGAACUUGAAACAACAGGAAAAGAAAUGAUGAAAAUUCUUCAAUUAAAUAAAAAGAAGAUAAUAAAAAAGUAUCUUGGAGAUGAUAGAGACCUUAACUUCAUUAUCCAAACUAAUUCUAAAAAACAAAUACAUUCAGAAAAUAUUAUCACUCAUUUUAUGAAAUAA